UUGACCCAGCGCUCCCGCGCACGUACGUACGCGUACCUGUCAAGUGCUUUGCAUCCGGGCCGGGCUGAAUCAGCCACAAAAAAAACAAAGAAGAAGAAAAAGUGAAGAAGUCUCCUUUCCAACACGUGAAUUCUACUUCAGCUACCAUUUUGCAGAUAUGCUUACUGCUGUGCGGUGUAUGCUAUCUAAGCUGAUUUCUCCAUUGUGGAGGACGGUAGAGGUGGAUGGAGAAGGCAUUUUCUCCGGUACACCAGGCAUGGAGGACAUUCGCCACCUGCGGGGCAGUGUGGUAACUCAGCUGUGCCUUGACUAUGCCAUGAUAGACGAUGCAAUCUACUUCACUAGUGGAGAGGUGUUGGGUGGGGUACCUUUGAAAGAAGGAGACGUUGUAAAUUGCAUAGCAGUACGAGAUGGUGCCCAAGGUGGAUGGAAAGCUUUAAGGGUGGAGAAGAAUGCAGAUGCUUGGGAGGAUGGAGGAAAAACCUCAAUAGAAGCGGACAGUAUGCAGCUGCGGCCUCUCAUUGGCACAGUCACAUCAUUUGAAAAAGAUGGUGGCUACAUAAACCAGACCACGUACUUCCCACGCUACAGUCUAUGGGAAGGUUAUGAGCCAAUGAAAGGAGACUGGGUCCAAGCUAAAUAUUUUAUCAAUCUUAGUGGAUCACAGUGGACCACCCAGGCUCAUUCUGUGGCUCCUUUACGCUACUGCCGCCUAGACAAGGUGCGUGUGACCAGUGUGUAUGGUAAUAUUGGAGUGGUUGAGGACGAUGUGUUCUUCAGCCUGGAUUCUCUGCUGCUGCCUGCCCACUACCAGCCUUUGCCAGGGCACUUGGUCAACCUGGUAAUGGUGGAGAGCAGUCAGUCCCUCUACUGUUGGAGGGCCCUGUGCAUGGCACCCUGCCUUCAAAGUGGGAAUUCUUCUGCUACAUGUCUUCCAGAGGCUGAACUCCAGAGCAUUUUGGAAAACAAAGGGGGGCUGGAUGUAACAGUCUAUGGCCAGUUUGAGGAUCUGAUGAUUGGGGAGAAACGAGAGCUGGUGCUCUGGAUACAAAAUAAAGGUUCAGAGACCCACAGGCUGAAGUGCUGUGACUUUGCUGGCUGGGACUCAGAGGAACAGUUCACCCUGGUUGCUGUCAAAGGCUUCACACCACUAAGACACAAAAGACCGCCUUUGCAAGAAAACUGCUCCAAGUCUAAAAUCUGCUCGGAGUCUUCAGAAAAGCAAGUCAGUGAUGCAAAAGAGAUAGACAAAGAAAAUGGUGAGGUGCAGAAGGAUAUUACCCAUUCCCCCGGUGUAAGGAGGGAGGAAAGAGAGAUGGACAUUUCACCAGGAGAGAGGUUGUCAAUUGUAGUAGCCUGCCAAGCAAAGAGCCUGGGAAGCUGUGCUGAGCUGCUGUUGCUGCAUUUCUCCUCUUUCACCAUCGGGAGGCGCCUGGAGGUCACAGUCGGUAGUAAAGAGGAGAACCUGCUGCAGCCCUCUGAGCCCUACAGUCCCAGAGAUGCAAGUCUGGUCUCAACAAUGCCUACUCAAGUGAUCACGGUCUCUGCUCCAAAAGACGCACCAAGGCUCACCAAGCGGCGGCUGCCAACCUUCCUACCUAACUUCCCAUUGCCCCAGGCUCUCAGAGACUGUGUGGAGGCACAGAGCGAUGUGCUGGUAGUUCAGCCCUGCCUAGGAGAGGAGCUGUCACCAUCCAACAUGCGUUCGCGUUUCUCAAUCCUUCUCUGGCUGGAAGAGCUGAAUGCAGAGAGGGAAAUGAAAGAAUUUUCAAUUGAAGGUGCCCUUCUCACGAAAGGGGCUGUCUACCUGCACCUAGAGGUCCUUGGGUUGGCCGACGGCAGACCCAGUCUCAAUAUAGGUGACAGAAUAGUUUUGAAGAAACCCCAGAGUGCAGGUGUGGUAAUGGAGUAUGUUAGUUAUGUCACAGAGAUCAAAGACGAGACUGUGAGUUUGAGAGUGAAUGCAGAGUUUCAGCGCAGCUACCUCGGAGAGCCACUUGAUGUUGAUUUCUCUUAUAACAGAUUGACCAUGAGGCGGUGUCACAAUGCACUUGAACAGACAAAACAGUUUGUGGAGAUUCUCUUCCCCUCGACAGUGACUGUUCAGACCCCUCAGUGGACAGGAAAGUGGGUAGAGGAGCCAGACCAAAAUAAAGAGGACAAUAAGACUCCAGCCAUGGAAAAUGGAAAGUUGUCAAGCAUUUCCAUCGACAUGAAGUCAAAGGCCACACAGACUAAAGAUGGUAGACUGGCAUCCAAACCCAUCCCCAGCCCAGGGAAAUUCUUUAACCCGGACCUGAACCCCCCUCAGAGAGAGGCAGUGAAGAGGAUCAUGGCAGGGGAGUGUCGUCCCAUUCCUUAUGUGCUGUUUGGACCUCCAGGCACUGGAAAGACCAUCACCCUCAUAGAGGCCAUACUACAGGUUUACCACUUUCUCCCCAGUAGUCGGAUACUCGUAUGCACUCCUUCCAACAGUGCUGCUGACCUCAUCUGCGUCCGCCUACAUGACAGUGGUUUCCUGCAUGCUGCAAGUAUGGCCCGCGUCAACGCAUCUUGUAGGCAGGAAGAGUCCAUCCCAGAAGUGCUGAGACUGUACUCGAGGGCAGGAGAGGACAUCCGUCAUGCCUCUUUUCACAGGAUUGUGGUCAGCACCUGCUCCAGCGCUGCCAUGUUCCAUAAUAUAGGACUACAAGUGGGACAUUUUACCCAUGUGUUUCUGGAUGAAGCCGGCCAGGCCACAGAACCAGAGUCCCUGAUUCCCAUAAGUUUUGUAUCAGAGAAAGAUGGACAGAUAGUGUUGGCCGGAGACCCCUGUCAGUUGGGUCCAAUAGUGAAGUCCAAGCUGGCUGCUGCCUUUGGCCUGGGGGUGUCUUUGUUGGAGAGGUUGAUGGCCAACCAACUGUACUCCAGACAUGACUGGGGAUACAACCCUAAUCUGCGCGAGAGAUUCCAGGAUGAGAUUGCUGCAUUAUCAUCUCAAAAAUCUGUGAAGAAAGGCAGCACCAUCUACAAGCUGAAUCCAGUUCUAGAAGAUGGCCUUCUGAGGGUCGGCACAGAAAUGAGGGAAGGUAACAACCCAUCAUGGUUUAACCCAGUGGAGGCUGUACAGGCCAUGCUUUACUGCUGCCAGCUGGCCAAGAAGCUCUACAACCCUGUGGACGCCUCUGACAUUGGCAUCAUUGCCCCCUACAGGAAACAAUGUGAGAAGAUUCGAGUGCUGCUGGGUAAGGUAGGCCUGUCUGACAUCAAAGUUGGCUCUGUGGAGGAGUUCCAAGGACAAGAGUUCCUGGUCAUCAUCAUGUCUACGGUGCGCUCUAAUGAGUCAGUACAGAGUGACGAUUUGCAGAAAGCACUCGGCUUUCUGGCCAACCCCAAGCGCUUCAACGUGGCCAUCACUCGUCCCAAAGCCUUGCUCUUAAUUGUUGGAAACCCCCACAUUCUCAUCAGGGAUCCAUGCUUCAGGGCUCUACUGCAGUACUGUUUCAUCAACGGGGCAUAUCUGGGCUGUGACCCCCCUCCCUCUCUCAGAGACUCUCAGAUAGUUGCAGAAGAGCAAAGGACUGCAUAAGAGGACGAUGUAAUCAUGGAUGAUGUAUGUCAGCUUCGUCAACUUGACUGUCUUAUCGUGUUCCAAGAGUUUUUUUUCCCCCUUCAUAUAUCCUUGGCUUGUUUCUCUUUUGACUGUUUGCAAAGUGAGCUGUAGCUGUCUUGAUCAGUGUUAACAGAAUUAGUAAUUUCUUGUUUCUGUGAAAGCCAAAUGCAGUUCCAUUUGGGGGGUGGAAAUAAAGAUGAUGCUCGUGUACUGCAUACUUA